AUGAAAGUACUGGAAGAACGAUGCGAUGUGAUAACUAAUAUGGAAGUAAUGCUGCUUCUAGUCCAACAGCAACAAUUGCUUCCAUCCGUCGAGAGCUUAUUGCGUCAUGCGAGCAAGCCAAGUUCUGCCAGUCCAGGCAGCGCCGCACCAGCUGCAGACUCCAUGGGGGACUCUCGGAACAGUAACGGCCGCCAAAGCGGCGCCAAUGAGCAGGGCGAGCCGACUGUUGAGCGUCUCAAGCUGGACCACGUGAAGGAGCUGCUUUACCAGCACACUUUCAACCAUAUGGUACAGGAUUAUAUUCGCAAGACGUGUCCUUACCUUCACCUCGCGCGGGUGCCGCCUGAUCCGCGCAGUUCUCAAGAUCGAACCCGCAUGCACAACAACACAAAGGCCCCAACGAAGCGAAGCCCUCCGGGCCAAACGGGAAACAGAAGAACAAGUGGAAUUGCCGGCGUCCGCCAGGGGGGAAAUUUAUCCCUCAUCAGCAAGCAUUGUCGCGAGUGCCUUGACGCCUUAGUGCAUCGUUUCGGCCUCACUGAUCUAGAGUUGCUAACCAUAAUGAACUUGGGGGCCUUCAAGCCCGUCGAAAUCUACACGUACCUGGACGACUGCUCAAACAGAUUCACAGAAGAAGACGCCGCAGCGAUGCUGCAUUUGAUUGAUCUCGCGCUAGUGCAGCAGCAGCCACUCCCACCGGCGCCUGAACCUGCAAGAGAAGCAGCAGCCCCGAUGGCUGUCGAUGCGCAGGCUGACCCAGAGGAAGCAGUUGCUCCUGCCGCAGCUGAAUUCCAAGCGCUUCAGCUGCAGCACGAAGAGUUGGAAGAUGAGGCAAGGCAGUUGAGUGCUCAGCAGCAUCAAGUGCAGCUAGAAGCAAGCGAGACAGUCGGCUCGCUGACUAACAGUCAACUGACAGUAAGGAAGGAGAACGAGGACGACGAGCAGCACAACAGCAGCUCCGCAGCUAAUGCUUCCCUAGGUGUAUCAGAUACAGUGGAUCUGUUCGCGCCUGCAGAAGCAGCAUCAGAGCCUCCUGCUUCAAAAGCAGGACCUGCUGAUGCUACUUCAAAAGAAGCGAAGCCCAGAGCCAGGGCUGUACGUGGUGCUGCUAAACGCCGACCCGUUAGCAGGCGGAAACGGGUAAUUGACGACUAG